CCUUCAUUAGCAUUGAUGACGUCGUCAGGCUAUAAAAAGGGAGCUCCGAGCCCGCUUUCUCUUAUUCUGUGUCUGAGAGUGAGCGGCGCUAUGGCUGAUGAGAAGAAAGCCCAGCAAGCCUCCAAGAAGGGCGCGAAGAAAAUCAUUAAGAAGGCGCCAGCGAAGGGCGGCAAGAAACGGAAAAGGUCCAGGAAAGAAAGUUAUUCCAUCUACAUCUACAAAGUGAUGAAGCAGGUUCACCCCGACACCGGCAUCUCCUCCAAGGCCAUGAGCAUCAUGAACUCGUUCGUCAACGAUAUUUUCGAGCGCAUCGCGGGGGAGGCUUCCCGCCUGGCCCAUUACAACAAGCGCAGCACCAUCAGCUCCCGGGAGAUCCAGACCGCCGUGCGGCUGCUGCUGCCCGGGGAGCUGGCCAAGCACGCCGUGUCGGAGGGCACAAAGGCGGUGACCAAGUACACCAGCUCCAAGUGAAGGACCGCAUCGCACUGAAACAAACACAUGCACAACCCAAAGGCUCUUAUAAGAGCCACCCACAACUUCCCAGUGUGAGCUGAAUCGUUUUAUUUUAAAGAUUGUUUUGUUUUAGUUUACAUAUUCUUCACAAAAUAAUUUGUUCAUAUAAGACCGUUGGAAAUUAAUGAGGUACGGCGCGGGGAAGAUUGCACAAACAGCCUCUCCCCUGUGUUUAGAGUGGGCAGAUUAAACGUCAGUGAGUCACUUUUCAUCUUGUUUAUUUAACGUUGGUAAAAGCCCUGGUAGAAUUUUAAUACUUAUUUUCACACCUUGCAAACAACCACCUAGUGCUUCCAAAUCA